CAGUUGUCCGACCUUAAUAUUUCAAUUUCUUCCAGUCCAAAGCAAUGGCUUUUACGAUUCUCAUAUGGCCUCUAAUCUCAGCUCUCUUAGCCUCAAUUUUGAUCUUGGCUUCACACAUAAUCAAUGCUAGAAAAAACAGGAACAAAACGGCCGUUGGCUUCUUCCAUCCCUACACAAACGACGGUGGAGGCGGAGAAAGAGUUCUAUGGUGUUCAGUCAAAGCUAUUCAAGAAGAAAAUCCCGAUCUUCACUGUGUCAUCUACACUGGCGACCACGACGCCUCUCCCCAGUCCUUGAUGGCUCGUGCCAUCGAUCGCUUCGGCGUACGGCUCCUUCGCCCUCCCAAGGUGGUACAUCUUGAUAGAAGGAAAUGGAUUGAAGAUAUUACUUAUCCUCGGUUCACGAUGGUUGGUCAAAGUUUUGGCUCAGUAUAUCUUUCAUGGGAAGCUUUGUGCAAGUUUACACCUUUGUAUUAUUUUGACACUAGUGGAUAUGCGUUUACAUAUCCUAUUGCUCGGAUUUUUGGCUGCAAAGUCAUUUGCUAUACACACUAUCCAACUAUAAGUUUGGACAUGAUAUCCCGUGUUUCUGAAAGAAAAUCGUUGUACAACAAUAAUGCUUCAAUUGCUCGAAGCCGUUUGCUAUCCCACUGUAAAAUCUUCUAUUAUACAUUAUUUUCCUGGAUGUAUGGGUUUGUGGGCUCUUGUGCACACUUGGCAAUGGUCAACUCUUCGUGGACUCAAUCUCAUAUUGAAAAGCUAUGGAAGAUACCAGACCGUAUAAAGUGUGUUUAUCCUCCUUGUGAUACUUCUGGACUUCAGGUACUUCCCUUGGAAAGACCAACAGAAUCUCCAAAGAUAAUUUCUGUUGCCCAAUUUCGUCCAGAGAAGGCACAUCCUCUUCAACUUGAAGCCUUUUCACUUGCCAUAAGGAAAUUAGAUGCAGACUUGCCAUGGCCUAAGCUCCAAUUUGUGGGUAGUUGUCGAAAUAAAUCUGAUGAGGAAAGGUUGCAGAAUUUAAAGGACAAAGCAAUUGAACUGAAAGUGGAUGGCAAUGUGGAAUUUCAUAAGAAUGUGAUGUACAGGGACUUGGUGAAACUUCUGGGAGGAGCUCUUGCAGGAAUCCAUUCUAUGACUGAUGAGCAUUUUGGCAUAAGUGUUGUAGAAUACAUGGCAGCCGGUGCCGUCCCCAUUGCUCAUAACUCUGCUGGUCCCAGAAUGGACAUUGUUUUAGAAGAAGAUGGACAACCAACUGGAUUUCUUGCCCAAAAUGCAGAAGAAUAUGCUGAGGCAAUCCUGCAAGUUGUGAGGAUGCCUGAAUCUGAGAGACUCAAGAUGGCAGCAGCUGCAAGACGACGAGCUGGAAGAUUUUCCGAACAAAGAUUUUAUGAAGAUUUCAAGGCUGCAAUACGACCAGUUCUAUGUUGUAGUAACAAAUGAAGGACAAAUACAAAUGUACCCGAGCAAACUUGUAACUUGAUAAAACUAGAUGAAGCCACUUCAUUGAAAUUCGGUUAACUACAAAUAUUGAUAUAAAUUUUCAAAAUUAAAGGAUA